GAAAGAAAAAAAAACCGUCACUUUCGCCAGUGAGAAGGGAAUGGGGGCUGCAAACCGAGUAGGUGAGAACACGCCAAGAGCAACAAGACGACCUGGCGAUGAAUUUUUACUUACUGGUCGAAUGGGGUUGGUUGAACUUCGAACCAAAGAACACCACAUCGCCCGCCAAUCUUUGUCAAACCAAAAGGGGGAAGAAAAUUAUAUACAGCAAAACCUCUUGACUGUUUCUUCUUCCUUGAAAUGGGGACGAUUGGCUGGAACGAGUGAUCCGUCUAAUUUCUGUGGUUCACUUUGCUGCGUCUUCCUAUUCGACAAACGAUCAUCGAAUAGCUAGAAGUUACGAUCCUUUUCAUUAUCCUGGUCUAUUUUUCUGUGCUCAGAACAGCUGCAGCACGGUGAAUUGGAGAGAGAAGAGGCUUUAAGCCUUUGAUGGAGUAUUGAUUUCGUUCUGGAGGAGAAGUUUACAGAAUUACGGCCCCAAGUAUGAGUUGCAGCUGCUUCGGUUCCUCUACUUUGGAGAAGAAACGAAUCUCUACACGUGCUGAUAAGGAACUGGACACUGACUUGCCUGAGAAUGUAAAACAAUUCUCCUUCAAUGAAUUAAGAUCUGCUUCGGAGGAUUUCCAUUCGAACAAUAGAAUUGGACGUGGAGGUUUUGGAACUGUUUACAAGGGCACAUUAAGGAAUGGAGUACAAGUUGCGAUAAAGAAACUCUCUGUAGAGUCUAAGCAAGGUGCUCGUGAAUUUGUGACAGAGAUCAAAACCAUUUCAAAUGUUAGGCAUCCAAACCUUGUUGAGUUGAUUGGAUGCUGUUCUCAAAAAGCUAACCGGAUCUUGGUUUAUGAAUAUUUGGAGAAUAAUAGUCUCGACCAUGCUUUGUUAGAUCCUAAGACCACAGGCGUCAACCUGGAUUGGGGGAAGAGGUCCUCUAUUUGCAUUGGUACUGCUAGGGGUCUUCAAUUUCUUCAUGAGGAAGCUGUUCCCCGUAUUGUGCAUAGAGACAUCAAGGCUAGUAAUAUACUCCUUGAUAGUGACUACAAUCCGAAAAUUGGUGACUUUGGAUUAGCCAAACUUUUUCCCGAUGAUAUUACUCACAUUAGCACAAGAAUUGCAGGAACAACUGGUUAUUUGGCUCCAGAGUAUGCAAUGGGAGGUCAGCUAACUCCGAAGGCUGAUGUAUAUAGCUUUGGAGUCCUCAUCCUUGAAAUAGUUAGUGGUAGACGUAGCAGUACAGUUUUUGGGAGAGAAAUAUCAAUACUUUUGCUGGAAAGGGUGUGGGAGUUAUAUGAAGAAGGAAAACUCUUAGAUAUAGUAGAUCCUAGACUAGGAGAUUAUCCUCGGGAAGAAAUGCUUAGGUACAUGAAAGUGGCUCUUUUUUGCACGCAAGCUACUGCAAAUCGACGGCCAGUGAUGAGCCAAGUCAUUGACAUGCUUACAAAGAAGAUCAAGCUUAACGAGAAGUUACUUACCGCCCCGGGGUUCUACGGAGGCUUGGGGAUUAGUGACAUUCCUUCAGUGAGGAAGAAAACUUCCAAGUCGAGCACUUCCACUAGCAACGAGAUGAGCUCUGCAGCCAUCUCCAUAACUCAAAUCACCCCCAGAUGAAGAAGACUGAAGUUCUAAGACUUUUGCAGAUUUUAAAAAGUUGAGUUCAUUGUUAUUAGUUAGUUUGAUUUUGUUGAAGCAUCUCAUUGUUAACAUUGGGUAAAUAUUAGAGCUUUAUUUUGUUGCGGAUACCGAGUUGCACAUACAAGUUGCAACCUCGACGCCAAGAUGUUUUAUCAACUGGUAGGAUGUUAAUACCAUUCAUAUUAUUCAACCAUUGAAAUGAAUGUUCCAAUGGCUCU